ACGCGGGGCUAUGUUAACUGGCGACCGUGAGCCGAAUGCGUCUGUGGUCGCCGUAGCUACACCAGAUGUUGAAAACGGGAAGAGAAGACGUAGCUGUCCUCAGAUAAGCCUUUUUGUUCAGGUUUUCUCUGUACAAAACAUACCUGAUACGUGUUCGGUCUCCUGUUUGAGUGUGUGGCUGACUGUCAGUCGUUGUGUUGUUGCAGGAAAAGGGAGAGCUGCUCUUCCUUUCUUUUACCGUUUACAGCGAAUUCUGGUCAUAAAGUUACAGAUUUGAAACAGGCUCAUUACAGAUCAGCCGAGAGGAGCAGGAGCUGCCUGCGGUCUCCCUCCUGCAAGCUGGUGAUUAUGCGGCCGGGACGGCGUCUGUAGCGGCUGUAACAGAUCUCAGGCCGGCUGUGGGGCGCAUUCCUCCGAGCGAGUGGUGGAAGCUUGUUGGUUCUGAUCCAUGAUGGAGGCCCGCGGGUCUUCUGCUGAGGUCCUCCUGCAGCGGCCCUGGCUCCCCGUGAGCAUCAGCGGCUGCCAGCUCCUCACCAAGAGCUGGUUUAGGGAGACGGCGUACCAUGUCCUGCUGACAGACAUGCACUGUGUGUGGGAGGAGAGGAUGGACGCAGCAUCCAUCCAGCAGAGAUCUCAGGAGCUCAACAGACGUCUGCGAGCUCCCGUCAAAGCCUUCUUCUCCCACCUGUGUGAGGUGGUUCAGCCCUGUCUGACAGGAAGUGACGGGCGGGUCGACGGCGAGGCCCAGAUUUCUCUGACGCGACAGGAAGACGGCAACAUCAGCAUGAAGCUGAAGAGCGAGCUGGCGGGGCUGCCGUUCUACUGGGAGUUUCACUGCACCCCCGCCCCCGUCACAGUGGUGUGUGCUCAGCUGGUGCGCCCCCUGCUGGCCAUGAGCCACCUGCUGCAGCGGCAGGUGGAGCAGCUCGGAGGGCUGCUGGUGAGGAAGGACGCAGAGAUCCAGGACUUCAGAGAGAACGGAGCCACGCUCAGCAGAGAGCGGCUGCAGACGGACGUUUUUGAGGAGCAAACCUACAGAGAGGACUUCAUGUCAAAGGCUCUUCCUCAGCUGUGCUCUGAACAUCAGGACGCUCUCGGCUUCAGCGACGACCUCCAACACCUGUACGCCGCCAUCGUUGCCCACGGCAACACACGGAAACGCAAACGGUCAGAGGAGGACCGGCCGCCCGCCGAGGAACCAGACCUCGCCUCGUCUCUAGGUGGAUCGAUCAGCAGUGACUCAGGUGAGGUCGGAGAGCAGAGCCCCGACACGCAGGUGACCGCAGCCGGAGCCAAGAUGGCCGACCGGCCCACAGUCAAACAGUCUCUGCGUGUCACCUCCGAGCCUGCAGAGCGACCGUCCUCCAAACCAAAGAAGAAGAAAGUCGGACUGUUCAGAUGAGCCCGAGCAGCAGGACGCAGAGAUGGCCAUUCAGAACUCCAUAGGAAAAAGUGCCGUUUUUACAUUUGAUGAAAAAUCAUCUUUUAAUAUUUUUAAACUUUUAUUCUGAAUGACUGAUUAAAUGACUGUUUGGUUUUAUUCUGUGUGUAGUUUUUCUUUAGAAAUGUCAAAUUAAAUUGUUUUUUAAUCAAUUUUGUAAAAUAAAGUCUGGAUUUUAGGAUUUUUAGAGAAGUGAAACAAGCUGUCCAUUAAAGAAUGAUAUGAAAUAUGAA